AUGGUGGACAACAGCUGCGUCAUCGAAGGAACAGUCAAGUUCAGGGACGGAAAGAAAGAGCUGUUAUCAUUUUUACCUGACGUGCUGCAGGUAUGGGGACUUUUAUCGCCUGCUAGAUUUGUAACGCCGAUGACAGCAGGCGCAAGACCCAGAAUGCGAUUUGUGACAACCCUUGUUUACUUUGCGGCUGUGUAUACACUCUAUUCUGAAGGAAAGAGCAAAAUAGCAAAAGUCUUAGACGAGAAGCUUUUUCAACAAGAUUCCACGCAACUUCCCAAAGCCGUUUCUACUUGCAAGUUUGAUACAAGCAAUUCAGGUGCUACAUUAAGAAGUGUUAGAUUAAAAUCUUAUACCACAUAUUCUUCAGAAGUAUAUUAUAGUGGUAGGAACGAGAACUACUAUGAUGAAAAGUACAUAUCCAAUAUGCCUGUGCUAUGGCGCAGCAUGAGUUUCAUAGCCUGCUGUCAGCGCCCGCUGAGAGAAGGCAAAUUUGCCAAGUUUUGA